CAAGCUGUGCAAAGCUGUAAACAGCUGUGUAAUGAAACCAGGAAUCGUGUUUUUCAUCAGUAGAGCAUAUACGGAUACAAAAAAGGACUUCUCAUAUUGCCUCAAAUUUGGCUGGACUCUCCACAACAACAAUGGCCAAAGGUAAAGCAGUUCGACAACGGGAGAAGAGGAUACACUCUACUAUCUCGCGACAGAGCAACAAGGAAGUCAUCAACGAUAAAACAACCUUUACGGACCAUGAGAAUUUUCCAAGUCACAGUUUUUGGAAAUAUUCUUCUUUUACCAUUCUUGCAUUAUUGGGUAGUAUGGCGUUGUUUUGCUCCAAAGACAGCUUGCUGUCCUGUCAGACUUUGAGUUCAAAGAAUGCUUUUCACGACAGUGAAGAAAAUGUUAAGCUUCAGUUUCCCUGUCACGUUGGAGACGAGUGGUCUAUUGAUCGCCGGUCAAAUUUAAGUUUAGAGGAAUUUGUCCAAUGCUAUGAUGCCAAAAGGUAUUUCCUCCUAAUACAGCUUUCACCAGAGGUUUACUGUACUUAAGAGGGGGUAGGUUUUUGUCAGUGAGGGAGGAGUGAGGAGCGAAGAGUUGUGGGAGGUCGGGGAGGUGAUAUGCGUUAGGCUACUGCAUUGAAUGUCCGAACCCUCCCCGCCCCCCUCAGUUGAUGACUUACCUUUUCUUCUCACUCCUGGCCCCGGUUUUUCGAACGUUGGAUAGCGCUAUUCACGAUAAAUCACUAUCCAGUGGAUAAGUAUUUGGGAAACCAAUUGCGUUAUCCACUGGUUAGAUGUUUGUCCUGUGGAUAGCGCUAUCCAAUGUUUGAACAACGGGGGCCUGAAGAUUAAAUAACAUUGCAUUCACCCCUGAAGACUUCUGUGAAAUAUGGGUCUACCCCCUGAGGAAUACGGGUCUACUGCCGAAGAAUAUGGUUCUCCCCUUGGGGAAUUUCUUGUAAAUCAAAGCUUCACCCCUAAAGAAUUUCAUAUUUUUUGCUCUUCCCCUGUAUAUCUAGGAAGGGGGAGGGGGGUGGCUAUGGAUAGAUAUUAAAUGCAAUAGCCUGUUGUAACAUGAUCUCUGCUUGGUAAUAAACUGGUAACUGGUAAAACUGGUAACUGAUCAAAUGUAUAAGGUAAGGAGGGGUUUGGCAUUUGGAACAAAGCUGAGAGCCAGAAAGACAAAAUAUCUGUCCUUGUGAUGUCAUUGUUGAUCAUCUUGGAUCUGAAAAUGACAUUGUGCAUAUUAUACCUCCAAUUUAGCCUGCAUGGUAGGUAGUUGAAGAGGAACCCCUAGGGUAAAAUUCUGAUCAGUGACAUGGCCUUGAAUCAGUGAUAUAACACAAACAUAAUGACUACAACAAUCACAAAUAAAUCUUUAAAAUACCGACCAGGAUAUGGCUUCCUCCUCACUAUGAUAAACAACCGGUUUUGAAAUUCAUACAUGUAAUAGGACCUAGGCAUGUGAGAACAUAAAGGAUGUGCCAAAGGGGGGGGGGGGAGGCAACUUUCAUAUGUUUAAUACUAUGCCUGAAUUCCCCCUCUUCCCUUCCUGUUUUAAACAGUCUUACUGUACAAGCUGACCACAACUGUGUCCUCUUUGGCUCAGGCCUGCUAGCAAGCUAUCCAGUGCACUCUGGCGGUGGGGAGAAAAGGAAGGAGAACUUGCAGUCAUGUCUUAGAAAUUUGAAAUAGUCUAUGCAAAAUGCUGAUUGAUUAUUGGAUCUCUUAUUCACACUGAGAUGUGACUGCAAGCCCUCCCUCUUAUUUCGCCCCAUUGCCAGAGUGCCCUAAAGAACUUGCUAGCAGGCUACUUUGACUCUUAAGUGAAAGCUAAUUUUUUGUGUUAGUCUGAUGCUCAGAAAUGCUGCUCAGUAACCAAACUACAUGUAAACAUGGAAGAUUGCAGGCAGCCAUACAUAGUAGUAAUAGUAGUAACCUGCCCUAUGCAUGUUAUUAUUCAGUCUUUUUUUAGGCUUUUAGAGUUAGAAUUGUGUGAGAAGUGUGUAUUUCCCUCUUCAAAUAGCUUGCUGCCUUCUCUCCGAACCCUGCUCAUGAUAGAGCCUGCAGUAGCAGAUAAUGAUUAGAGCUUCCGAACUAGAACUCGGGGGGUUGUGAGUUUGAUUCUCUUUUCUGAGCUUUCUGGUAUAAGCAUUCUCCUUCUUCCAUUUAUAUUGUACAGGCUUCGUCUUGUACACUGGUAGACAGCCUAUUUCGAGCAAGUCCCCAGUGCAGUCCUCUAUGACUCACUGGUGUAAAUUUCAACCCUGCUCGCCUUAGAGCCUCCAGUAGUUCAGUGGUUAGAGCAUCCAAACUAGAACUCGGAGGGUUGUGGGUCAUGAGUUGGAUUCUCACCUGGAGCUCAGAAUUUUUUCUUAGCUUUCUGGUAUAAGAAUUCUCCUUCUUCCAAAUCACAAUUUUAGCAGAUGUAUUUUACAACUCUAUUUUAUUAUCAUUUAAAUUAUAAUCUCAUUUUUAGGCCAGUACUAAUAACUGAUGUGGUUAUGCACUGGAAAGCUAUCAACUGGACAAAGUCUUUCCUUGUCAAAAACUAUGGAGACAAGAGAGUGACAAUGAAAGCUACAGAGGUUUGUGUGUAUAUAUAUCAUUAGAAGUAAUAAUCAAUUUCCCACUUCAGAAACUCUAGGAAGAAUGGGAAUGAGCUUUGCAUGCAGUGAUUUCAGGGACUGUUUGGGUGGACAAGUGUCAGUUAUGAUUGGUCAGUAGUAUUCAAGGGAACCAUUAACCAAUCACUGUAAAUGUUUCUCCUGAUCCAGUCAAUCCCAGAAAUCAAUAUGCCAAAAGCUUGUACAAUGUACCUAUUCCCCUUAUAGUUCUGGAUUGGGGAAUACUAGGUGUGACUAUUAAUUUUCUUAACUGACACAUAUACAAGUGACAUGUACCACUCUUAUAACUGUUAAGUGUGCCUUGCACGGUACAUUGUACAGUAACAAUACUCUCGGCAGAAAUUUGACCAAUUGAGUAAUACAUGCACACCUCAAAAUUACUUUACUGUCCCUCUGGAAACAUGUCCUAGGAAACAUUCAAAGAUUUGUGACAGAGCACAGAACAAAUAAAUAAUUAAGGGAAGAACUUAACUUGGAAGAUCAAUGAUUAGAGAACUUUGUUAAGUAAAAGCUGAAGUAUUUUGUUCCAGGCAAUUGAAAAGGAGCAAGGGUUUGUGGAACUUCGUCUUGGAAGGAAAUGUAGAUGAGGCCCAACAGUCAUCACUGACCAGUAUGGGAUAGGUGCAAGUGUAGGUGGAGGGUCUUUCUUGAUCUGGUAGUGUGUAAAAGGGUCCUCUUAUGUUCAAUUAAUACGUAGCAGAGACCCUUCGGAGUCCAUGCUGCCAAUAUGCUAUGUCACGAAAUGGAAUUACUCAAAAAGCAAUUAGAGCCUGACACAGAAAAUCACGCAUAGGCCAGAAGUAUCAGUAAUUUUUGAACGCCCCCCAAAUUGCUUUUGCAUGAUAAUUUAUCAUAUAUAUUACAGUUAUUGAUUGUCAGUUGGCAUUAUAUUGACAGGUGCAAAUGCAAAAGGUCAGAUUUGCAUGAGGAUGACCCAUAGCGUUUUCUUUAGCGUUUGGACAUAUUAUCCUUACACUCUAUGGUACACUCUAUGGCCCCAAUCACACCUGAAAAGUGCACAACAUCAUUUACCAUCUCUUUGAAUCAGCCAAGUUCUGACGGAAUGACAGGAAAUAUCCUUUUCUUUUCACGAUAGCUCUUGAAACCUUGUGAAUGACUGCGUGCAGCAAAUACAGAAACACCUAAUAAAUCGCCAAUUAUAUUAAACCUGCUCAAAGGUUCUUCUUGUAUAAAUCUCAAAGCAUUAAGAACUUGCUACCUUGGUGAAAGCGGCCAAUCUGCCCUUGUCAAUGGCCAAGUCCUUUCUAAAGUGAAAACGCAAUCAAAAAUCUUCUUUUACAUUGUAUUUCUCCAAAUUGUUACAUCUGUCCAUAAGAUGCCAAAUUCGCCGAACAUGUAUAUUACGUAGAUUUGGCAUAGUCUCAUAAAUUUGUCUGUAGCGCACUUUAUUUCUUCCAUUUCAAAUGGAUGACCAUGAAAAAACCGUUAAACAAUGUUUAAACCCACCUGUUAGCAGAUCUAACUUACUAAUUGUUCCAUUAGUCGCAAUUUAGACAUGGUCUAGACAAGGUUAAGGAAGAACAAGGUUUAAUAAUUAUUGUUAUUCAUUGUUUAAAAAUGGGUUAGACAACGACUUUCAUAAACGCUAUCUAACCUUGGUUUAAAUAAUUGGCUUUUAAUCUCUAUAUAGUCUAGUGCUAACCCUGGCUUCCCUCCCUGGGAACUUGCAGCAUGUUUUAUAAUAAUUAUAUGUUCUACAUCUUUGUGAUUUCUCUUCCAGGGUCCUAUGAAUGCAGCUAAAGGAUUUGCAGUUCCACUGAAGAUGUUUGCGCAACAUGUACAUGAGGGCAAACCUCAUUUGUGGACCUAUUUAGAAGAUGAACUAUUCAUUGAAAUGAAUCCAGAAUUAAAGAAACAUUUAGGCCAACCUGUGAGUAAAACAAACUAGACAGAACUUGAUAUGCGUAACUGAGUAGUGUGUAAAUUAAUCAGUGCAAAGGGACUACCUUAAGUGUCUGUUUUUUACAAGUACAACCAAGAUCUAUAUUCUACUGCAGUACAACCUAACCUAACAAUGAAUGAUCACCUCAUUUUUAAGACCACAAGUCGUCCAGCCCAACACCUCAUUGAUACCAGAACUAACCGACUGGGUUACUUAUCAGGACAAAAUAAAUAAUUUUGCCUGCCCAUUGAAAGCUUUUGCGAGGCUCAGGGGUGAAAACAUAUGAAGAUAAUAAUUAUUUGUUUUUAUCAUGAGUCAAUUAGAUGAGUAGAUUAGGGUACUGGUAAAAAGGUGUGGAAGGUAUUUAAAACUCUCAACCCCAAAAUUGGUCAAUGGCUUCAAAGAAUGUGGAGGUGUUCCUUUUAAGGAGGCUCCAACUGUAGUACUCUGGUUGUUAAAAUUAUUUUUUAGUACUUUGAAUUGCUGAUCAUUUCAUGAGAAGUUGUUGGACAUGGAGGUUGACUGUAGUUCAGUUAUAUUGUUCUACUAAUACUGAUACAGGGUUUACCAUACAUGCUUCUUCUUCACCGUGAUCGAACUCAAUCCCAAAUUAUGCCAAAUACAGUUAUGGGAAAACUGCCUGUCUAAUUCUACAUGACUACUGGGGAGAAUUACAGAGUUUUUUUACCAUAUAGCAAAUAUGACUGUCAUUAGUGUGCCCCCCCCUACUGGGAUGUAACUCAUGCAUUUUUACCCAUUUUUUCACUGCCACAGAGAAUGAGAGAGAUCUGUAAGGUAGCUCUAACGUUUGAGUCUGUGAAAAAAAUAUUAUGGUGUGACGUUUCAAAUGAAACCUCUUUGGCAUAGAGAGUACUUUCACAUGGUACUAAUAAACUUUGUUUUUAUGCCAUUUUACAAAAUGAAAUUUAAUUAGUAAUUUUGUUUAGUUUUAGUUUUGACUUUGGCCUCCUUUAACAUUGAAAGGUUGAAUAUUCUUUUAUUUCAUUAUGCCAGGUUUAUUUGAAGGAAGACUUCUUCCAGUUGUUGCCAAAGGAGCUUCGUCCAUGGAAUGCUAUGCUCCUCUGGGGCACUGCCCAUUCACGAUCAUCUCUUCACAUAGGUAGUGUGCAGUGUCAUUUCUUGCAUUGUGUUUUUUUUUUUCAUUUGCUUUUGUAUUAUGUUCUUGAUUCUGUGCCAGAGACACACAAACAUGAGGGUAUUAUAGUCAAAAUUUCCCUUAAGACUGUUUUUUUAAAUUUCACUGGUUAUGUGGGACUAGCCUCCUCCGCAGGCAACUCCUAUUGCAAUGGUUACACUGACCGUGAGGAAUCUGAGAACAAGAAAGGGAGAAACAAAUGGGGAGGAAGUUCCCUGCCAAAAAUCGAAGAGUGUGGACAGCGUCCUUCACCAUUGUGGACCAGUGACAGGACUCGGGGUCCCCUGGGGGUUUUCAUCAGACUAAUUGUUAUAAGUCCAGUCCCCUAAGAAAUUUUUUUUGUCAUUCGAACUUUCCGACAUGGAUACAAGCGAGCACACUGUAAGUACUGCAAUCUUGCUUUUAUGCACUGCGUUUAUUCAAAAUGUUUGUUUUCCAUGUUUGCUGUUGUCUAAGUCUAGAUUCUGUCAUUUACAUUCGGACUUUUGCUUCAUUAGAUUUCUACUUUUCAAAAGUUUGUUGUCAAUGGAUUCAUUUAACUUACAAGUUUGAAUAUUAAAACAACACGACUUACCCUGCAGCUGUCAGUUAUCAUCGUUUUUCAUUUCUUAGCCUGUAUAACAGGCACUUUUUGAGCCAAGUGAGGCAAAUGCGGCAUUUUUCUCGCUUUUCGCACUCGUUUCGCACUUCACUCAAAAUGCCGAAUUUGCCUUGCUUAGCUUACCGACAUCACCUUCUAUUAUUAGAAUCAAUUCGACAGGGCAAUAUUAAAAGAUUCAUAUCAUUAAACAAAUUGACUCUUUAAACAGCCUGCUGUACAAACUUGAUCCCACUCGACUGAACUAAUCAUUUUGCUGACUGAGAAAAUCAUUAUUACGAAUGUUUUUAUGUGGUUUUCUCAAGUUUGCUGGUUCUUAAAUAUCCUUGUUUGACACAAAAAAGAUAAUGAUUAGACUACCAAGAGACAUAAGUCUGAAGAAAGCUCACUGCUGUAAAGGAUGGUUUUAGUUCUCACAUGUGUGUAGGUUGGAGGCUUAUUAAAGUUAAACAUUUUCCUGAAACUUUUGUGAGUCGGAAAAUAUAAAUACAUUAUUUGCCUGUUCGGGAGGGCUCAGAUGAACGAAUAUCUUGGAUAAGUUUUUCUAACGCCAUUUUCCUUUGGACAAACUAACAAACUACUGUGGGUCCUGGUAAACGGCUUUGUCUCUCAAAAUUCCCCCACUUUCCCAUACACAAAUUGGAUUUGUAUGCGUGUGCCAACAUGCACAGAAGGUCAUCACCUUGUCCAUAUUUGGCAGGCACCAGUGUCACUCCCUUUUCCCUCCCCAUUCUCUCACUUGUUCUCUAACACAGGACAGUGAAGCCCACGAGGAGGAGGCUAAAAUGGGACAACAGGUCACUAAACAAAAAUACCUUUUGUUACUAAUAAGUUUUAAUAAGCUGCAGCCUAAUGUUUGAAGCUACAUUGUAAGUUUUUUUCGUUUCCAAAAAAUAGUAGCAAUAAUAUCAGCUCUUUAGCAGUUGUGCUGAAAACUCUUGGUUGAACACGUAUCCAUCAAGUCAUCCUGUAUUAAAAUUGUAGAAGACAACUUACUUUUGUAGUUCCACUCUAUCAUAAGGUUACAGCUAUGUUUUAAAAUAAUAUAAUGUUUAAACAGAGUAUUAUUAUGCUUGUUAUAGAUCCCUACAACUGGACUGGAACAAAUGCUGUUUUAUCAGGAAAGAAAAUGUGGAAGGUAUUUUCAAGCUUUACUUAUAGCAGAAUUAUGUUAUGAACUUUUCCACAUAAUCUGUUCCAGGUCAAAGUUUAAUUUAGGUUAAAUUUUCUUAACCCAGGCUGAUUCUCUAUUUUCUUUAUAUCCCAGCCCUAAUUCAUGAAUUAUUUAAGGCGUAGGAGACAAACGAAAUUAAGAAUCAGCCUAGGUUAAAAAGUUUAACCCGAAUUUAAUUUUGACCUGCGACAUAUCCAUGAAAAUGUUUUUAAGUUCAAGCCCCAAGUCCACCCUUUAAUCAAUUCCACUUCAGGGUUCAUGCAUAUUCAUAUCUUAAUAUUUCUGAUUGUCUUGCUAGUGGCAGACGGGGACAGUGGGGGGGUGAGGGAAGGGUGCAAGGUAUCAGUAUACAUGCGUGAAAGCAUCCUGUUUUACCAUUGUUAACUCAGUAGUCCCAGAGAUUUUGCUGAAAAAUGCCAUUAGAAGCUGGUCAAGUUGUUUUCUGGGCACUGUAUGGCCUCAAAGAACCGAAACCACCCAAACUGUUGAUUAUAACUCAAGCUCUAUGCAGGCUUUUGUUCCAGUGUCCAGAAGGCUGCCUUUCCUCCCUGAUUCUUUUGCUUAAAUUCUCCUUCCUCCCUUUCUUACAGACUUUUGCCAUUCGCAGUCGUGUUGGUGUCUGCAAUAACUAUGGUUGAUUGUGUUAUUGUUUCUUUUAGCUUUAUCCUCCUGGCCAAGAUCACUUACUGUAUGUCCGAGGAAAUCAAAGAUCUGGUUUUCCUUUAGACUGUAUGAAAUACAACAGGUACAUGGUACAGCCUUUGUUUUACUUCUGCAAAUGCUAGAACUUUUAGCCUUUGUAAACAGGACGAAAAACUAUACAGGAUGUAAAAGAACUUACGUUGCUGUUUUAAAAGGGUAGGGGAUUUAUACCCCGGGUGGUAUUGUCAACUUUUCGUGGGCUGGGGGUGGUAGUAAUGGUUUGAUUUCAACUGGGAUGCAGCUAUGGUGGUAGAGGAAUUAAUUGAAUUGAAUUAAUUAAAUCUUUUUGUGGUUUCAUCCUUUGUAACAGUGUAUGUUUUAAAGUCCCAUAGAUACUUAUGUUCGUGACUACAAACUGUACCCACAGUUUAAAAAAGCCAGAGCUAUUACCUUUACUCAGGAGGCUGGGGAAAUCUUAAUCAUUCCCACGGGCUGGUUUCAUCAGGUAAAAAUUAUCGUGGUCGACAAACCUCUUCUUAAUUUUGUGGGACAAAGUCAAGACUGGUAGUAGCCUGUUUCAGGUGUUCUGAUAGUGGAGACAGCACAAAUAACAGUGACCAGGAAAAAAACAGCGAGGGGGUGGGGUAAGUAGGCUCCCUCAUUUCUUCCACUCCCUUUCUUCCCCUUUUCUCGCCUGUUCUCUAUUUUUCGCUCACUCUCCUCUAUCUAAACGCCUGGAAAAAGCUAGAAUGGCGGCCAUUUUCUCUGUCGCGCAAAGACAAAGCGUUUUAUCACCAGCUUCUUGUCUCAUUUCAAAUUACAACCGUGUGAAGUAUCGCACACUUUCUCCAUUGCCACAAAACUAUGCGACUGUACCCACAAAUUGGAACGUUGGUUUCAGUUGGUGGUCGCAAUCCAUUUUUUUAACCUUUAAUUUAGGUUGUUGAAAGUACAGUGUUGCCAAUCCUUCAUAAUUUGUUUUGGUAAACGUUUAAAAUAAUGGAAUGUAUUUUCAGCUGUCCUGUAAUUAUGUCAAUGUUAGUUGUUCGUAGGGUUGUGUUACCCGCGGAACUUGUGUUUUUAAGAUGUAAAACUUAGUUUUUGCCUCUUCUGGCAAUUGAAAUUGGUAGCACGUUUUUUAAACAGACGGGGAAAGUAUGUGGCAGGCGUCGUCGGUCAAACUGAGGGAGGAGUGAAAGAGUUUAUUGAUGAGAGAAGGAAAGGCUCUCUUUCCCUUUUCCCUUUUGCGCUUUUCUCCCCCUCCCCUCCCCUCCCCUUCCUUUUUUGUGCCUGCCACGCAGGCUAAGGAAAGUGUUGCUGCUGAGAUAUACAAUUCUUGUACAAUACAAUACAAUACAAUUCUUGGGUUUUCUUGGUGUACUGCACUCUUUUUCUCCUUGGUCUGUCAUGUUUUCGAAAAUGCUGGUUUUAUAGUCUUUUUAUACAUCUGUUCUUCAACCUUAAUGGUUUUUCUUCUUUCACAGGCAUAUAAUCCUGUAGAAACCAUGGCCAUCAGCAGCCAAGUAUGGAAUUCACAAAAUUACAAGUAGGCCACUUAGCAUUUUACGCUAUUGCCAGUGAGCUGACAUCAGUGCAACUUUUAACGUAACACUUAAAUCAGUCACUUUCCUGUUCUAAAUAUCAAAAGGAACAUCUUUGCAGUUCCAACAUAUUCGACCCACCUCUCACAACCCAGAUUACUUCAUCUUUUUCGUCGUUGAACAACUGAGAGGAUAAACGGUGAACCCAAAGUCCUUUUGAGAUGCGUUGCACUUGCAAUGACAUAACUGAUAGGAAUGAAAAACCGAAUAUAAAUAAGGAUCCUCAAUGCUUGCCCAAAGACUUGAACUGUGUUGCAGGUCCGCAUAGUUGGCUGUGGGGAAUCUGCAAAGAAAAAGUUUGAACUUUUUUUAAUGGCCUGUCGCGAGAAGCUGACUCAAAAGAUAGAGUGAUGACGCCUUUUUUUGCUAAAUGAAGAGGGCAUGUAUGUGGGGACCUCACAAUUUUAUUUGUUGUAUCGCCCUGAGGUUUCACACAUUUCACUGUUAUCUAAUUAGGCUGAUACUGGAGGAGAUAUAUAAAGCUGGAGAAGUCGAUCCAAGAAAACUUCCAAGAAAUUUUAACAGUUUAUCCGCCAAAGAACAGGUGAGCACGUUGUCAACCACCGCAAAACAGUCGUUUUGGUUUGUUUGUUUGUUUUUUUUUAUCGAGAUCUCGGCUCGAGCAACCGGGCUCUCGGCGAGCGGACCAGCCCGCCUUCUCAUAUAAACAGAACGACAAAAUUAAGAUAAAACAAGGCGUGAGCCGAGCCACGGGCCAGCCCGGCUAUACCGGGCUGGCUCACCUCAUAUGAACAGGCCCUAAAUGUGGAAUCAUAAAAUAUAUAACCGCUCUUCCUGUUUCCGGCUAACAUGCAGGGAUAAUCGGAAGUUGUUACCACCAUUGGUUGGGAGAUGAUGCUCUUAACAAAUAUCGUAGUAAAGUAAUCGUAUUUACCGGGAAACUAGCACGAAACGACAAAACGCUGAAUAAUUUGUAACCCUCGAAAAUCCAAUUUGUCAGAAGUUUUGUCUUAAAUUGUACAGACCUGCAGGUUAAGAAACAAAUUUCAUUUAAAAAAAAUGAUGGUCGCGGUACAAGGCAUUUUGUUUUCGUGCUUAAAUACAAGGAUUUAAAGGUGGAUAAACAUUUUUCAUUGUUUCCGGCUUUAAGUGAAAUGCAUGGGAAAAUUAUUGGCCUUAAACUUUUAAAACAAUUAGACUGAAAACCACAAGGAAGAACCAUUGAAGACGUGACAGAGAAAUUUGCGAUAAUUAAUUUUUAUAUAGUUUCCUCGUAUGUCUCUUUGUGCAUGUCAUAUUUGGGUUUGUCGCUUUGGUGUCCCUUUUUUGUUGGUUCGACCACUUUCAUGUCAGUAGCGAGAACAUCAAAAAAGCUAAAUAAUUUCAAUAGGUGAAAAUGCAACUUUGCACGUGCAUCACACUUUUUUGUGCAUUUCUUUGCUGUCACUGCACGUAUACGACGUGAAAUUUUAUGGAGGACGUAAACAAGAGAGGACAAUUUUUUCUUUUUAUUUCUAAAAUUGGGUGCAGUGUCCAAGAAAUCAACUCAAGGGAAAUUCGCCUACAUUUGACAUUUUCAGUAACCUAGAAUAAACGCGAUAAAGUUUGAAAGCUGAAACGCGAAUUCAUUUUUUCAAAGUGAGGUUCUCGCUGCCGUUGCCGACGCAAAAGCUGCCUAAUUUUAGUCUCGCAUCGUUUAAAGCCCCGUGCAAACUGACGCAACAUUGUUGGGAGUUGUUGCGUCCGUUUGCACGUAGAUAAAAGGUUGACCGUUUUCAAACUUUGCUUAACAACAUGUAACAGAGUGUGCAAACGGACGCAACAUGUACCAUCCAACAACGUUGCGUCCGUUUGCACGGGGCGUAAGGUGACCUGCGCAGGGUUUAAACCUAUAUUUACGGAAUAUUUUUGUUUAUAGGUAGAAGCUGUGGUGAAGAUAAUUCCGAAGGCUGUCAUAAGGAAAGGAAAGAAAGUAACGGAGGACUUACUCGAACAGCUCAAGUGGCGUGGAAAAGAAAAGUCGGGCAGAGAGUAAACGAUGUUUAGGACUUUUUAAGUGACGCAAGAGAGUUUUGCUAUUGCGCUCUGGCAUUUUGUCUGCUUCAGUGACACUGCUGUCGAAAAAAAAAAUCCGAUUUCUCCCGUCAGGGGUCGAACCUAUGGCCCUCUGGUCACUGGUUCAGAAAGAGAAAGCUUUCUUGUGAAACUUCUUAGUGCAAAAGGCGUGGUUGUCCUGUGCGCCUGACAAUUGCGAACAUAAGUUGAUAGAAUAUGAUCGUCUCAGGAGCGUAGUUCUGAAUAGGACCGUUGCUUACAGCGACAGACAUUUCGACGAUCUGUUUGGUAGCAUCGUCAUCAUAUUCAAAGCUUUUGUGUAUCGUCAGCUGAUUGUAUUUUACUCUACUG